AUUUUAUAAGAAGGUAUAUUUUUGUUAGCCCAUAUUUUUUUACUAAAAAUUAUGUCAUUUGUUGUGGAUUUAGUUUCCGAGGAUUCAUUUUACGUGAAUUUACUUUUAGGUUUAACUAAAUUAUUAAGUAAACACCAACAAAUAACUGAUAUUAAAUUACAUCGAUACAGUCCAUGUGAUAAACUAACUUUAGGAAAUUGGGAGCAAAAAAAUGGGGUCGCUUUGCCAGAUGAUAUGAGAAAAUUUUAUUUAUCCACUGAUGGAUUUAGUCUAACGUGGAAUUUCAAAUAUGCUGAUAAGGAAUUACAAAUUGGUCAUAUUUAUGUACGUCCAUUAGCAGAAAUAGUUUGUGCUACACAUAUUUUAAAUGAAGUUAUUACGCCAGAAAAUGAGGAACAGCCAAAAUUAAGUGAAUUUAGUAAAAUUUUGGAAUUAGAUACGGUAAAAAAUGAUACAAAAAUAUAUUUAAUAUAUGAAAAAAUCGAAAGUGAGCCAACGAUAUGGAUAUUGGAUAAAAUUAUGGGCUGGUUUCCAUUAUGUGAAAAUUUCACGAAAUAUUUUCGAAUGAUGUUAGUUCAUCAAGGUCUACCUUAUUGGCAAUAUUGUGCAUUUAAUAAAGCUUUACCAACUUGGAUUCAGGAAAUAUAUCUUUUAGUAGCCCCACAUUUGUUAGCACCACGGCCAAAGAAAUCCAAAGUAAUUCGUGAAACUUAUAUUCCCGAAUUACCUCAUAAUCAUAUAGAUCCAGUCAUUUUUACAACAGAUUCACAUAAUUCCAGAAGAUAUAGACGUUAAAUGUUCAAAAGAAUUGCUUGUAGAAAUUCCAU